AUGGUAGGAAUACUUGUUGUUUCAGCACCAUUUAUUUUCAAUUUCUUAGUCUGGACUACUGAUCCAUUACAGCGUUUAAUGAUUGGUUUUAGUUUUGUACCAUAUUUUCAAGUGCGAUUACCCGUCGGAGAUGAACCCAGUUUAAUUAAAGGUCUACAUGGUUCAUCUGAAGAAAUAAAUAACAAUCCACUUAUUCGGCUUCUUGCAAGUGGAAAUCAAAAUACUAUGGGACAAAUUAUCACCUUAAUUUCACAAGAACUCAAUAAAAUGAAUAUUCAAAAUAUUUACAAUACACUUUCCAGUAAAUAUUAG